AUGUCGGCAGACAUCAAAGAACAAGUAGUGGCUGCCAUCAAGAAGAGAAGAAAAUUCAGCUUGCAGUUGGAUGAGUCAACUGACGUCAGUGACGAUGCACAGCUCUUGGUAUAUGCGCGGUACCAAGGGACGAGCGACAAGGAAGAGAACUUCCAGUUCUGUAAACAACUGGAGACGACAACAACAGGUGAGGAUCUGUUCAAGUUGGUUGAUAGCUUCAUCAAGGAAGAAAACCUAAGCUGGGAUCAGUGUUUCAGUGUGUGCUCAGACGGAGCACCGGCAAUGCAAGGGGCACGUCAGGGUUUCACUGCGAGAGUAAAACAAGUCAACCCCGCAGUGAUAGUGGUUCAUUGUCUGCUCCACUGGGAAAACCUUGCCUCCCGGAAACUGUCACAUGAGCUUAACUCUGUGAUGGAAGAUGUGAUUAAAAUAGUAAACUUUAUUAAAUCAUCAGCUCUGAAUUCAAGGCUGUUCAACCAGAUGUGCUCUGAUAUGGGGUCGGAGUAUGAACACCUGCUUUACUACUCUGCCGUCAGGUGGCUGUCUCGAGGGAAAGUGCUCCAAAGAGUGUUUGAAAUGCGUACACAGGUUGAAAUCAUCUUGAACGAGAAGAAACAUGCACUGGCAUCACGGCUUUCGGAACCAAGGUGGUUGCUUCAGCUGACAUAUCUGGCAGAUAUAUUCUCUGAGUUGAAUUUGCUGAACAUGUCCAUGCAAGGAAGGGAUGACACUUAUCUCACUUUGUCAGAAAAACUCAAGGCAUUCAAGGCGAAGCUGAGAUUGUGGAAGGGAAAGAUUGAACGGGGGAAAGCUGCAUCCUUUCCACUCUUGAACCUUUUUCUCAAAGAUGAAGAAGACGUCUCACUUCUGGACGUACAAAAUAUCAUUGUUGAGCAUCUUGAGAAGUGA